GCGCAGCCGCAGGAGGACGGUACCACGGCGCCUGCGACAUGGGGGGGCGCGGAGGAGACGCCGGAAGUCGCGGUGGUACGGGUCGUCCUGAGGGGUCCUCAGCGCCCGCAGCCUCUACCCGCGCGGCGGCCAGAGCCCAGGCCCGUGGGGGUGGGCGUGGCGGUCGCCGGAACACAACCCCGUCCGUUCGCUGUCGGCGCGGGGCGGCGCCGCCGCGUCGCUCGCCUUCACCAGCGGCCAUGAGCGAGCGCCUCCGCCCCAGGAAAAGGAGAAGAAAUGGCAAUGAUGAUGACAACCACCUACCACCCCAGACCAAAAGAAGCAGUAGGAACCCCAUCUUCCAGGACUCCUGGGACACAGAGUCUUCGAGCAGCGACAGCGGUGGGAGCAGCAGCAACAGCAGCAUCAACAGCCCGGACAGGGCCAGUGGGCCAGAGAGCAGCUUGAGCCACAUCCUCCCUGGAUCCUGCCCCAGCACCCCCCAGCCGGUGCUGCCCGAGCAGUCUGCACUGUGCCAAGGCCCUUACUUCCAUAUCAAUCAGACCCUGAAGGAGGCCCAUUUUCACAGCCUACAGCACCGAGGCCGGCCUCUGACAUGAUGCUCUGGCAGUUUCUUGCCUUCUGUGAAGGGACAGCACUGUGCAUAUUGAAUAUUUCAACUUAAUGAUUUGUUUUUAAAAGUUGCACACAGAAAAAAAAUGCCUGUUGGCUUUCAGUCUAUAUUGAGUAUUGGGUCAGCAGGCAGCUGUUUACGUGGGGUUUUGCUGCAUUAUUGCGAUUUCAGAGGGGCUUGGGAGCAAUUUUUUAUAGGAUUCUUUUGAGAGAGGGCAUCAAGUCCAUGUCAUGGCAGUGUUUGAGGAAGUCUCUGACUGAUUUCCACAUCCGUCAGUUAGACAUUUACUGUAUGUAAGAGCCUCUUAAAAAUGUGGGAUCUUCAGUUUUUUUUUUUUAACUCAAUAAACUAGUAAAGAAUA